AGCUUUGCUGCGACUGCUCUGGGAGGAGUGGACGGGGCGAAACUCCUGACCAUGACCCCCCACAGGCUGCUGCCGCCACUGCUGCUAACUUUGCUGCUCGCUGCCCGCCCAGGAGGCGCCUUGGCAAGGUGCCCAGGCUGCGGGCAGGGGGUGUCGGCGGGUUGUCCAGGGGGCUGCGCGGAGGAGGAUGGGGGGCCGGCGGCGGAAGGCUGUGCGGAAGCUGGGGGCUGUCUGAGGAGGGAGGGCCAGCAGUGCGGGGUCUACACUCCCAACUGCGCCCCAGGACUGCAGUGCCAGCCGCCGGAGAAAGAGGAUUUGCCUUUGCGGGCGCUACUGCAGGGCCGGGGCCGCUGCGUCCGGGCGCGCACGCCCUCGGGAGAGAAUCCUAAGGAGAGUAAGCCCCAAGCAGGGACUGCUCGCUCGCAGGACGUGAACCGCAGAGACCAACAGAGGAACUCGGGGACCUCUACCACUCCUGUCCGGCCCAAUUCUGGGGGCGUACAAGACACUGAGAUGGGUCCCUGUCGCAAACAUCUGGACUCCGUGCUGCAGCAACUCCAGACCGAGGUCUUCCGCGGGGCUCACACCCUCUACGUGCCUAAUUGUGACCAUAGGGGCUUCUAUCGGAAGCGGCAGUGCCGCUCCUCCCAGGGGCAGCGCCGAGGUCCCUGCUGGUGUGUGGAUCGCAUGGGCCAGCCCCUGCCCGGGUCCUCAGAAGGCGGCGAUGGAAGUUCCCUCUGCCCCACCGGCAGCAGCGGCUAAGCCUGGGCUGGGGGGCUGCAGGGCCACUGGCAGGAGCAU